AUGGUUUCUAGCCUGCUUCCAAACCCCACCUCGGCUGAGUGCUGGGCAGCACUUCUACAUGAUCACAUGACUCUUGAUAUGGACGCGGUCCUGUCAGACUUUGUUAGGUCCACAGGGGCAGAACCUGGUCUGGCCAGAGACCUGCUGGAAGGCAAAAAUUGGGACCUGACAGCUGCUCUGAGUGACUAUGAGCAGCUCCGACAGGUGCACACCACCAACCUGCCACAUGUGUUCAAUGAGGGAAGGUGUCCCAAACAGCUGGAGCGGAACCCACCACCACCCGGGCACAAAGUGGAGCGACCUUGCCCCCAGAGACAGGACGACAUUGCCCAAGAAAAGCGACUUUCCCGGGGCAUCUCCCAUGCCAGUUCAGCCAUUGUCUCACUGGCCCGGUCCCACGUAGCAAGCGAAUGCAACAACGAACAGUUCCCUCUGGAGAUGCCAAUCUACACAUUCCAGUUGCCGGAUCUGAGCGUGUACAGUGAAGACUUCAGGAGCUUCAUUGAGCGGGAUUUGAUUGAGCAGGCAACCAUGGUCGCUUUGGAACAGGCAGGUCGCCUGAACUGGUGGUCUGCGGUGUGCACAAGCUGUAAACGGCUGCUUCCUUUGGCCACAACAGGGGAUGGAAACUGCCUGUUGCAUGCCGCCUCACUGGGGAUGUGGGGGUUUCAUGACCGGGACCUGGUCUUGCGGAAGGCCCUGUACACCAUGAUGAGGACGGGGGCGGAGAGGGAAGCUCUGAAGAGAAGAUGGCGUUGGCAGCAGACUCAGCAGAACAAAGAGGAAGAGUGGGAACGCGAGUGGACAGAGCUGCUGAAGUUGGCGUCCAGCAAGCCGCGCACGCACUGCGGCAGGAAUGGUGGUUCAGGCGGAGGCAUGGACAAUUCAGAAGACCCUGUCUACGAAAGUCUAGAAGAAUUCCACGUUUUCGUUCUGGCCCAUAUAUUAAGAAGACCGAUUGUUGUCGUAGCAGACACAAUGCUAAGAGAUUCAGGAGGAGAAGCUUUCGCCCCGAUCCCAUUUGGAGGGGUCUACUUGCCCUUGGAGGUUCCUCCCAACAGGUGCCACUGCUCUCCCCUGGUUCUAGCCUAUGAUCAAGCCCACUUCUCUGCCCUGGUGUCCAUGGAGCAGAGAGAUCAACAAAGAGAACAAGCUGUAAUCCCUUUGACAGACUCGGAGCACAAGCUGCUGCCUCUGCACUUUGCAGUGGAUCCUGGGAAGGACUGGGAGUGGGGGAAGGAUGACAAUGACAACACUCGGCUGGCCCACCUGAUCCUAUCAUUGGAAGCCAAGCUGAAUCUUUUGCACAGCUACAUGAAUGUGACGUGGAUCCGGAUCCCCUCCGAGACCCGGGCCCCUCUAGCGCAGCCCGAGUCCCCGACAGCCUCAGCGGGCGAGGACGUGCAGUCCCUGGCUGACUCCCUGGACUCGGACCGCGAUUCGGUGUGCAGCAACUCCAACAGCAAUAAUGGCAAGACCGGCAAGGACAAAGAGAAAGAGAAGCAGCGCAAGGACAAGGACAAGAUACGUGCGGACUCCGUGGCCAACAAGCUGGGCAGCUUCAGCAAGACGCUGGGCAUCAAGCUGAAGAAAAACAUGGGUGGCCUGGGAGGACUGGUGCAUGGGAAGAUAGGCCGCGCCAACUCCACCAAUGGCAAGAGCAGUGACGCGCCCGAACGGGGCAAGGAGAAGAAGGCCAAGUCGCGAAAAGGCAGCAAGGAGGAGUCGGGCGUGUCGGCGAACACGUCGCCAUUGGAAAAGGCCACGCCAUCCGCCACGGACAAGGUGGCUGGCGGGCCAUCAGCGGACAAGGGCGGCGGGCAGCGUGGGGACGCCUGGAAGUACAGCACCGACGUGAAGCUGAGCCUCAGCAUCCUGCGCGCUGCCAUGCAGGGCGAGCGCAAGUUCAUCUUCGCCGGCCUGCUGCUCACCAGCCACCGGCACCAGUUCCACGAAGAAAUGAUCGGCUACUACCUGACGAGCGCGCAGGAGCGCUUCAGCGCCGAGCAGGAGCAGCGGCGCCUAAACACUGCCUCCAUUGCCAAGCGGCCGUCUCGCCGGGCCGAGGCCGAGGCCGGGGCGGGCCCCGAGUGCCCGUCGCCGGGCCCGCUGGCCGGGCCCCCUACGCAGUUGGUGCUCAAGCUCAAGGAGCGCCCCAGCCCCGGGCCCGCGGCUGGCGCGCGGGCGACUCGAGCCCCAGCGGCUGGGGGUGCGGGCUCCCCGGCCGGGGGUGCGCGGCGCGGGAUGGCGGGUGGGACCGGCCUGGGCCGCAGCCCCCCGGCGCCGGCGCGCCAGAGUAUUAUCCACGUGCAGGCGGCGGGCACGCGCGGCGAUGAGUCGUGCGCGCCGGCCGUGGGCGUUUUGCGCCCGUGCGCCACCUACCCGCAGCAGAACCGGUCACUGUCAUCGCAGAGUUACAGCCCAGCGCGCGCGGCCGCCCUGCGCACCGUCAACACGGUAGAGUCGCUGGCGCGCACCCUGCCCGGACCCCUGCCCAGCGCCGCGGCCGCGGGGGCCGAGCCCAAGUCGCAGACUUACACCAACGGCUUUGGCGCCACGCGCGAGGCCCUGGAGUUUGCUGACGCCGACCCCCCGGCCGCCUGGUCGAACGGUGAGGGCGGCGGGCCGGGCCUGGUGCAGCGGCGCUGCUUGCGGGAGAACUGCGCCUUCUAUGGGCGCGUUGAGACGGAGCAUUACUGCUCGUACUGCUACCGCGAGGAGCUGCGGCGGCGUCGGGAGGCGCGCGUGCCCCGGCCCUGA